AGGGUAUUCUCUCGUACAGCAUUCCCAAGGGUAUACCUCGUGGCAUUGAAAUCGAUUUAUCCGAUAAAUCAUACGAUGGCCACGAAGAAGAUGAACGUUAUGUCGAUGGCCUGGGUCAAUUGGUUGAUGGUCAAAAGGGCAAAGAUAAUUUUCGUUUGGAUCAAGGAUUUGGCAAAGGUUAUGAAUGGGUUGGCUGGCGCAAUGAUACCCCAAAUCUCCAGGGCCGUCCCGUGGAGAUCACAUUUGAAUUUGAUGGGGUGCGAAAUUUCAGUGCUGUCAUCAUACACACAAACAACAUGUAUAUUAAAGAUGUUCAAGUAUUUGUUCAUGCCAAGGUCUUCUUUAGCAUUGGUGGACGCCAGUAUAUCGGUGAGCCGGUGCAAUUCUCGUACAUGCCUGACGUUGUAUUGGAUCACGCCCGAGACGUGACAAUCAAAUUACAUCAUCGUUUGGGCAAAUAUCUGCAAUUGCAUUUAUACUUUGCAGCACGUUGGCUCAUGUUAAGUGAGAUUACAUUCAUAUCAGCUCCUGUUACGGGGAACUUUACAGAUGAAGAAUUUAUGGGCGCCAGCGGUUCACAGGAUAAUUCAGAAUAUCCAUUUCAAAGAGAUGAAGUGGCCAGGAUUCCGUACAACAAAGAUAGGAGUGGUUACGAGAAUUCGG